CCUGCCUCGGCGCUCAGCCACCUCCCAGAUGAGCGCUCUCGCAGACAGCUGCGGGCCGCCGGCCGUCGGGCAUGUCCCUUGAGUGCGCGCAGGCGGCGGGCACCGGGGACAACCGCACUCGCUUCCCCUUCUUCUCCGAAGUCAAGGGCGACCACCGGCUGGUGCUGAGCGCGGUGGAGACCGUCGUGCUAUCGCUCAUCUUUGCAGUGUCGCUGCUGGGCAACGUGGGUGCCUUGGUGUUGGUGGCGCGCCGACGGCGCCGCGGCACCACCGCCUGCCUGGUGCUCAACCUCUUCUGCGCGGACCUGCUCUUCACCAGCGCCAUUCCUCCCGUGCUGGCCGUGCGAUGGACUGAGGCCUGGGUGCUGGGCCCGGUCGCCUGCAACCUGCUCUUCUAUGUGAUGAGCCUGAGCGGCAGUGUCACCAUCCUCACGCUGGCGGCCGUCAGCCUGGAGCGCAUGGUGUGCAUCGUGCGCCUGCAGCGUGGGGUGCGGGGCCCGGGACUGGGGGCGCGGGCCGCGCUGCUCGCGCUCAUCUGGGGCUACUCCGCGCUCGCCGCGCUGCCCCUCUUCAUCUUCUUCAGAGUCGUCCCGCAGCGUCUUCCCGGCGCCGAACAGGAAAUUUCGAUUUGCACGCUGGUUUGGCCCAGCAUUGCUGGAGAAAUCUCCUGGGAUGUGUCAUUUGUUACUUUGAACUUCUUGGUGCCAGGACUGCUCAUUGUGAUCAGUUACUCCAAAAUUUUACAGAUCACAAAGGCGUCGAGGAGAAGGCUGACAGUGAACAUGGCUUACUCGGAGAGCCACCAGAUCCGCGUGUCCCAGCAGGACUUCCGCCUCUUCCGCACCCUCUUCCUGCUCAUGAUCUCCUUCUUCAUCAUGUGGAGCCCCAUCAUCAUCACCAUCGUCCUCAUCUUGAUCCAGAACUUCAAGCGAGACCUGGUCAUCUGGCCGUCCCUCUUCUUCUGGGUCGUGGCCUUCACGUUCGCCAACUCGGCCCUAAACCCCAUUCUCUACAACAUGUCACUGUUUAGGAACGAAUGGAGGAAAAUUUUUCGCCGCUUCUUCUUCCAGGACAAGGGGGCCAUGUUUACAGACACGUCUUUCAGAAGAAAUGACCUGUCUAUUAUUACCAGCUAAUUAAUUUUUCUCUGUAGGCAGUUUGUCACUCUCUAACAAGCCAUGGUGUGUUUUCAAAGGGAGUUAAUUUCCAGGAUCAUCACACCUGAGUAUCCCAAGAAAAUGAAACCUAUGCAAAUUAUACAUUUAUAGCACCAGUAAAUUAAGGGGUGGUCAUUCAGUAUAAGAAUGUUAUCCUUUACAAAAGGAUUUGUUAUGGGUUCCUUUAAAUAUGAACUUUUUCAGUGUGUUUGUAAUAUGAUUGAAUAAAAUUUUUAUUUAUAAUUGUUCAGCAAUCACAUCUUCUACAUAUAAAGCCACACCUUGCUGGUUUCUGAAGUAAGUCUUAAGACUUAUCUAGGACUCAGAUCUCUCUGCUGAAGGGUCACUGAAGGGUCACGGCCACCCUAGGUCUCCGCCUUGCACUUAUAAGGCCUAAAGGAUCAUUCAUUAAUUUCAAAAACGCUCGAGGAAUUUCCAAGGAACAAUUAAAGGUGACAUAUUUUUGUCUUUUAGAAGAAAUGCUAUGGACCCCUUUAAGAGAAGCAGUGUCAUGGACUCAGAGAGAAAAUGGGAUGACUCUAAAACGUGGGGUGGGGGUUUGGGAGAUGAUCUUGGGACAUACUUUGAGAAGGUGGAGCAAACACAAUUUAUUGAUGGACGAGAUGUAGAAUGUGAGGAAAAGAAGACUCAGGGGUGACUUUCACAUUUGUAGUCUGACACUGUUUGGGUGGUGGGACAGGCAACAAAAAUGGGGGGAAGACUGGGGCUGGGAGAGCCAAGAGUUGCAUUUGGGGCUUGUAAGUGUGAAACCUCAGGGAGAUCCAAAUGGAGAGUAGGCAGUUGGAUGCAGGGAUGUGGAGUGUGGGCCUGAUGAUUGAUAUAAUGUUGGGAGUCAUGAGAUAGGGUUUACAGGCCUAUCCCUGGGAGAGAAGAGAGAGAGAAGAAACCAGAGCUAAAGAGGACCCAACAACAUGCCAUCACAUGGAAGUUGGGCCCAUGGCUGGAAUGCAUAGUAGCUCUGGGCCUGGCAUAUAGUAAGUGCUCAACAAGUCUUCAUUGCUGAGUAUAUCAGCACCAGUAGUUGCCAUUGCUCAUGGAAUUUCAUGAGUUGCUUGCUUCUGAAGAUUUAUGGUGUUCACAAACUCGAGAAUGGAUUUUUGGGUUCAUCUUUAGUUAAUAGAUUUGGUGAAUUAAAGCUGUAUUUUGAAGUGAUGUGUGGCUAUCUUAUGGGUCUCUGGGCUUGUUAAACUGAAGCUGACCAGCCUGGCUCUCACAGUCUGCUGUUCUGUGUGAUG